AUGGCAUUCAAGAAUGAAAGUAAACCAAGUUCCAGCGAAUCGCCAAUGUCCCAAGAUCAUCCUGACCCAGAACCGGCUCCUAGUUCCAAAGAUUCAGUUGAGUCGUCGGAUGCUCAACAACCCAGUAAAGAUGACCCUCAGUCUUUUCCCGCCUUGGAAUGGGAGCAAGUUCAUUCGAGCAUCCCAGUAGAGAGUUUCACGAAUUACAAGAUACGUCUCACUGGUUGGGCCAGGAAAGAUCGGCUGAAGAAGCGGAUAGAGGAGGAAACACGUCAGCGUGAGGGAGAGAUUGCCAAGAAACAGAAAUUGGAACUGGAACAAGCAGCAGACCCUGAACCAAAUGCAGAAAGUAACACAGCUGAGGCUGAUGGAAAAGAAAAUGGUGAAGUGAAGCCAGAAGAGAAAACAGAGGCUGGUGAUGAAGAAGCGGGCAGCGUUCCAAGAAGCGAAAAAAGUGAUGAUGAAGAAGUGAAAGAUACGGGAAAUGUCGAGAACGGUGAAGCUUAG